UGUCAAUCCACGAUACGACAAAUUCAUAUCCUAUCCUAUCCUAUCCUGGCAGUUAUUCGAUGUUAUUCGUAUUUGAGUCUGACUCUGAGAUUGAAUCACAAGUGUCAAUUCACGUCGUUACUCACAUCAACUUGAUUUGUUUUUCAUGCAUCGAACAGUGUGGCGCUGCUGUACGCCUCUCAGCUUCACGAAAGAGACUUAUGACUGCCUCAGUUUCCGUGAGGGAUAAGAAUUAUUUUAUUAAAAUGCUUGAGGGGCGCGACUUUGUACACGUAUGCUAAAGGCCCGGUCACAGACUUCCAUUUCUUAUGCACCUCAUUACAUACGCUGAUGCAAUUUGACUCUACAUAUUUCUUCUUCCUCAUUUUCCUCAUCUCUCUCGAAUAUGCGGUUUGGGUGCCUCUCUGCCUGGAUCACCAUCGAUGGUGUUGUGAUUCCGGAGUACAAUGUUGGAGUCGAGUUGAUCACCGACGUCGUCAGUUGCUUCGUACCUUCUCAAGCCGGAAAGUCGUUGGGUGUUCACUGGCAUAUCGACGCCUGUUUGGUACCUACGGCCGGAUUUUUGAAGGUGGAUGGCCAGCAUUGCGAUGGCCGCGUCCUUCCUGCAUAUGAUCCCAGUGUUCCAGGAUCUCAAUAUUCCGCAACCAUUUCUCAUACUGCAGUUCUCACGUCUCCAACGUCCUCAAACAGCCUCGUUUUCGCAUCUGUGCAUUACACUGGUGAUGAUAUAUACUUGAACGACUCGAAAGCGAAAGACAUUGGCACUAUCUCGCUAGAAAUUAUGAGUGUCGAAAUUGUUGGACAAUGUCCCACAGCCGGAGUUGACUUCAGGCCAGUUUCCAAAUUGCACGACCGAGCGAGGGACUCUAAGAUAGCCCAUCAGAUAAAACUGGGACCUCGAAAUGUAUCAAUGGCGGUUCCACCGCCUUCGAUCGUUGUUGACCCGCGACUUCAUUUCGUCACCUUCGUCUUCCAGUAUCGUUCUCCAGAUGCUCUUCAUGCUGUCGGAAUCGUCCCCCGAAUGCCCAUGACGGAAUUCGAAGACUCGGAAGAGGGUACGUCGAACGCGAGAAUCCCGAAUGCUGGAGGAGUGGAUAGCACCUACCAGAAUCUUCCCAUUGGUGUGAGGCGCGAGUUGAUAAACGAAGCUGAUAUCACUGAGUGGCAUACCACCAGCAAGAAAAUUCGCCCACUAAGCUUGCAAAAAAGGAGGUGAAGCUACUAGUCCUCAUAGUUAUGCCCUUUUCUUGAGCAACUGAAGAUCUCUUAUAAAUAUAUAGUACAUAAACGU